AUGCUGUGUCAAGAUCAGGUCGCUCAUUCAAAGCAAACGCAGUAUAGUAUUGCCUACGAGGCAACAACAAUUGUCAUACUGCUGCCUGCAAGGCAGCAGUAUUCCAAAGUAUUUAGUUAUCGUAUGAUUCCACUCUUUUUUGUAGGAAAUCAAGAGUCUCUCGGUGCCCGAUUCACAGGGGAUCUUCUGCCCGAUCGUCGUCCAGUUAUGCAAGCAAGUCGUGAAGUGACAUGCUGCUUCAUCUUCAAGCUCGAUGCGCGAUCGAGGCAGCGGCGUGCAACCUGCAGUUCCCCGAGACGAGGAGGCAAUAUGCUGGGAAGUAUGGUAUGUUUAACAUAA